AGGCAGGGCCUAUAUAAUGCUGGUAAGACCGCCCUGAAAUGGGACUUUACUUCCUGCUCGACCUACGUUUCUACACGUUCCACUUGGAUUUCCUUUCUCUGUGUGCUCGUUCCUGCGGCUGUGUGUGUCUCGGCUCUCCUCCUUUGUCGCUGGAUUUUUAGCCAAUUUGGGAAUAAAUUCACCCCGGAUAUAACGCUCUCCUCACACGAGCCAAAGCAUGGUAAGAACGCUCUAUUUAGAGCGUCUCGAAUGUCGUGAAACGUUUUCUUAGUAUGGAGAUUCUCUAAGAUUGCAGGGCGAUUACCGUGAUACAUUUUACAUAAUCUAUAGAUCUAUAUAUAAAAUGUGUGAGAUAAUCACAGACCUAUAACAGACAGCAGACUGUCUUACAGCAUACAUCACAGAAAAUACAUUAAAUGUAAAUUAUUAUUUUUUAUUUUUUUUUUAAAUUUCGGUUUUUAUUUAUUUGUGUUUGAUUAAUGGCCUACGCACGUAGAUGAGAAGCGUUAUAUUUUUUUUUUUUUAAAACACUUUUUCACUAAACUGAGAAUUGUACAGAAUUCGAGAGAAAUCCAAAUUUGAUCAAUACAGCUGCACAGUAUGAAGAAGUAAUCCGUUUUUAGGCAUUUUUAUUUUAGCCUCGAUUUAUUUUUUUUUCUUCCCAUUCUAGAUUCUCAGUUUAAAUAAAAUAAAAUGGUCUCUCCUGAUUUUGAUCCUUUAAAUAUAACGCUGAUCAACUGAAAUAUAUCUACAGCAAAUAAUGCUAUUCCAGCUUCUUUUCAUAACUUGCAUAGUCAAGUGACCAUUAAAUAGAUCCUAGUGAAACACCCCACCCCACCCUGCCUCCAUCAUUGGUGUGAGCUAGAGUACUGCAGAGUGGAGUGAUUUACUAAGUACUGAUAGCUGGGAGUGCUUUCUAUACCGCAAGGGGGCUUUUAAGAAUGAUCGUCCUUUAGAAUGAUGGGAGUUGCAGUGAAUUAGCAGCUAGAUUGUCAUUUGUUAGGCUCCAGGAUUCGUAAGAUCUCCUUAAAAGGACAGAUGACUGAGCAUAAUCUUACAACGUGAGUCUCCAUAGAUACCAAUCAGUAGAACUGAAAUCUUAAUAUAAUAUGUCUUUUUUAGCUGAUUAUGCAUCAGCUAAAUAUUUAAUUUAAAAUAAUAUAUAUAUAUAUUUUUUUUUUUUUUUUUUUGCCGAAGAAGUCCUUUAUGUAACUGGAGAAAGGGCUGAGUCAUGCAGACCAAGAACAGUCUUUAUUUAAAAAACAAAAAACCCAAAACACUUUAUUUUUUUACUACUUGAGAAUCGAUGACCGUGACAUUGUAGCAAUCUGUUUUCGAAAUGGAACGAUCCCCUGCAGAGCAGCCAUUACUAAAUAGCGUGGGUAAUUUUUUUGUUUUGGAACUGAAUAGUUAAAGAAAUGAUUGUGAUGUCACUGGUAUUUAAGGGGUUAAAAGAACAUUUUAUAAUUAUUUUAAUGAUUGUUGGGAUCCUCCGUUGAAAUGGUAGAUAUAGAGGAUGAUUAACCACAAGGCCACACUAGGCAACUGGCUGGGGCCCAUGGGUAGAACAAUACAUUUGCUUGGCCUUAUUAACUACCCCUAUGUGAAGAAUGAAGGGUGGGGGGGUUGUGGGAUCUUAAUCCCUGUCCUGGCAGAUGUCCAGAGUAUUGAAAAUAUCAAUAACAAUAAAACUGUAAAAUGUUAAAUGGGUGGGGGCAGCUUGGCCUACAUUAAGCAACUUCCUUAAUUGAGAUGGGGAUAUCUCAAACUAGAAAUGGAAUUCAUGAACAUGGCUCCAUUUGCUAUAGAAGCCAUUUUGUUUCACUGAUUUUUAGACUUUAGACGUCAUAAACUGAUCGAGCACUUGGCUAAAGUUACAUUUCUCAGGUGGUGAUUUUAAAGUUUGGAAAGUAGGUACCUAUUCAAACCUAAUGGUUGCAGGUUUGAUUCCUGGCAGAGCUAACAUUGUUCACUAAAUUGUGAAUUAAUUGGAAAUCCUAGUGAAUUUCAAAUUGCACAUCAAAAUAUCUGAAUUGAAAAAUAUCUUUAACUCCUUUUUUUUUUUUUUUUAUAUAUUCUCUUGCUCAAUAGUGUCAACUGCCCAAUAUCAGAGCGUUCUGAUUACUUAUUGCCAUUAUCCUUAGUGUUAUUUGAGUGGGAUGUAUGCAAGCCUCCCAUAACAUGAACCUUUUAAAGACCUCAACAGGGAUCAAAACUUCCACUAGCCAUUGGCAAGUGAAAAUGUAACCUUGUCCAGUCAGUGGUGAGUGUGCCACUGAAUGUCCAGGUGUGUAGUAAUUGAGCAACUACAAAGGCCUGGUUUGUAACAUUUCAAGCCCUGCCUUUAGUUCUUUGACGCAUGAUGGAUUUAAAAAAAUAAAUAAAAAUCUUUUGAUAUAGCUAUGUUUAGGCGAUAGUCCUUUUCUUUGUUUUAUGCCUUACUAACAUUUCUAGGACAUUGUUUGUACCUUCUGUUUUUCGCAGCAAAAUAACUGAGAAAUCAACAGUGAUAAAAUAACGCCAAUUAGGGAAUCAUAGGCUGGAAUUAUGGCCCAUAAGACAGUGCUCUGAAAAUGUGUUAACUCUUGAUUGGUACAAAGUUGCAUCAUGCCCUCAGACAUGAAUACACUUUUGUGUUGCACAUUCAAAUCUUGGGCAGCUAUUCAUGAACCAACACCGACCUGUGUGGGUUUUUUUUUUUUUUUUUUUCCAUAUGGGGGCUCCCCCAGCGCUGCAGUAAGGGUUCAGGUUAAAGCCGAGAUCUCUAAAUUAAAGUCCAUGGUUUACGAGGGUCUUCACCAUUGAAAAUAAUUUUGCUCACAAAGCAUGUGAACUGGAGUAAUGCAACUAUAACUAAUGGGAUAUAUAUAUAUUUUUUUUUUUGCAUAAACCAAGAACCAUUGGCUAUGAGUUGUGAUAUUUUUUUUUUUUUUGCUAAAAUCUGUUAAUUUUGUGAACUGUGCAUGCUGGGCACUGCAUGUAGGCAGCAUAGGGAGGAAAAGCAGGAGUGAGCAGCUCCAGACCCUCACUCACUCCCAUCAACCUCAUCCAGCAUCACCAGGACUCGAGCAAGCCACCCUCCUGGACAGAAAAGGCAAGCUAAUAGGAGGGUGGCUGCAAAUCUAAAAAUUAUGACGCAUGCCAAACUGUGUGUGCAUGCAUCAGUGUGUAAAUGGUUGCAAUAUAUCUUGUUUAAAAAGUCAUUUCCUUGUUUGUACAUGUUUGGAGACUGCGUGUGUAGGGGGGGAGGGGAGUAGCUGGUGAAGCCACCGCCCUAAAUAGUUUUUGGUUUUUCUUUGCAUGUUGGUAUGCCUGCCAGAUAAUUCACUAUAGAUGUCUCAGGAGCGCUAGAGUCAAAGGUGUAAUGCAGAGGAAAAGGAGACUGUUAUCAGGAAACCGUUUCUCUAGAUUUUUACUGUAAUGGUCAGUAACUGUAUAGGCCACAAACUUUUGAAAUGCUCCCUGUAAGGAGGGAUAUGUUAAGAUUUUUAAAGUUAUAGUUUACUUACAUAGACCAUUGUGUAUAUACACAGAUAAGUGGAUACUAAGAAGUUCAGACGCAGGGCUGCACUUGGCCAGAUACAUGAUAUAGCAUUCCCAAGUGUCCCUAUUCAGCUGCUACACCCCUUUCAUUAUCAUUCAAUAACCAGGUUUACACGCGUAAAUUGUGCAUUUCGAAUGUUAGGCCACAAUAGAUGAAUUAGAACAUUUCUCCAAUUAUGUCUUGGAUUUGACAAACUUUUCCAGAUUUAUCUAGAAAAAUGCCCAUAGACUUCAAUGGUGACAUCCAUAACCGUAACAGGAUUUAAUAAUUUCGAAAUCUUAUUAAAGCAAGGCCUAUGCUAUCAGUUCAGCUACUUGUGAACGGCAGAGCUUCACAGCAGUGUUAAUUUUGGUGGAAAAUUUCAACUUGGAUUUAGUCCGUCUUUUGACCUAAAGCGGUUUUAGUCGUAUUUUUAGACAUCUGAAUUGUUUUAGUUGACACAACUAAAAUGUAAUGGGUUUUGUUAGUCUGUCACUUUUGCCCCUUCCACAGCCUGUCUGUCCUCAGAGCAUCUCUAGAUGUCUCUCUCCCAAGUCCUGGUGUCUCAUUUAUUUAUAUUAUAAAUGUAUUUCUCCCCCCCCCCCCUCUAUGUCCACCUGUGCAGUGUUUAUUUUGGCAAAUUUCAAUUUAGUUUGUCAGUCUUUUUGACUUAAAAGACGUUUUAGUCAUAUUUGUCAUCUGAAUUGUUUUUAUUUUAGUCUACUAAAUCUCACAAAUCUUAGUCCACAAAAUGAACACCACUUCACAGCCGUUAAACCCGUAAUGUGUCUAAAUCAUAUUAAACAUAUUUAGAAACUUAGUCUAUUAGCAAUAUACUUUAGUCGUCUUCUUCAAACUGACUUUUUCAACGAUAUAAAUAAAUAUUAACUUUAACUCAUAGUCCAACAAAAUACCGGGCUCUCUCGUUGACCAAAUUAAGCAACUUUUAUUACAAAAAAUAUUUCACAAUAAACAUCGCCAGUAAAGGGAACGGUCAUAGAAAAAGGGAUGUAAAAAAAAAAAAGGUAAGGUAAAGCACUGUGUGACUCACACGUAGUCAUACGAAUCAGAAACUAAAGACAAGCUUCCCUUUUAUGGCAAAAAGAGCAUAGCAUAUGAAUCACGUGGCAGUCUCUGGUCUUUGCCCUUAAAGUGACAGCACUUUUAUUUUUAAUUUAUGGAAUGUCAGUCUAGUGUGAAUGCUUUUCCGGCUGACUGCCUCAUGGCUUUCCUAAUUAAGGCACAGCGCUCUCCGCAUGGACAUAGUGCCCUCAGGGCAGUACAUCUAAUAAUGCACCCACCAGGUGCUGCAUGGCAUCUAUUGCAUCGGGGAACAAAAUCAAGAUGGCGAGACAGGACCCUAAAAUCAGGAACAGCUAGGAGGCCUGAUAUAUAACCAUUUUGUAGGCAAAAAUGUAUCCAUAUAGAAUAGUUGCUUGGAAAGAGAUUUGUCAAUAAAAAUGUCUUUCUAUAAAUCUGAAGACCAUAUUCACACCAGAGUCAUGUUCUUAACACUUAAUCAAGCUGUAGUAUAUUUGUAUUGAAAAUCUGACUGGUUUUAUUGUGGAGGGGCAGCCAUUUCAAAAUUGCUUCAUAGGCUCUGUUUAUGUGGGUUUUUUUUAUUUUUUAUUUUUUUUUUAUCCCAGUUAGUCACUGAUAUUCAUAACUAGUCCUGCACAUAGCAUGUCCUAUCAGCAGCCAUUCUCUCUAAGAUUUAGCAGUCUCUCUCUCAGAUUUCCAGAUGAAAUUUGGAGGCAUUUAAUUUGAUAAGUGCCCAAUUUUGGGCAAAGCUUGCACGGUGUCCUGAGGCUUACAGCGAAGACCCCCAUUAUUCCUAUCCAGAUUCUAAACACCAAAAACCACUGCAGGAUGAGUACUUACUGUAAACGUCCCCAAACUGGCUUGCUGUCCCGCUGACUCUACUCCUCACCUGGGAAGUACCCGCUGGCAAGAUGGCGCAAAGACCUAUAUUAAAGGGAACUUACCUGGGAACUUACUGAAUGGUAGGCGUAUUCCACGACAGAUGCAGGCUCUUGUCAGAAUUUCUGUCUAUGGUGGAGUUUGGCAGCUUCAUGUUCCCCAUGUGGGUUGAGGUGGCUUACAGUUUCUGACUGGGUUCUUCAUUGUGUCUCUAAUCUCAAUUGGUAACUUGGUGGAGGUUUCUCAUUCGUUUUCAUUCUGUUUUGCAACACCUUCUCUAACUAUACAGUUUCUAUGCAUUGUUAGUCUUGUUUUCCUUUUAAAAUGUCCAAAAACAUUUUACUUACCUGAUUCCAGCGCCAAUGUCUCUCAGUGCUUGGUCGUGCUCCUCCUUUGCCGACGUCAGCCAAUCAGGGGAACCUAAGGAACAUGCGCCACACGCACAUUAGGUCUUCCCAAUAUGAAAGCAUUGAUUCAUGUUUUCCCUUUGGGUUUUUUUUUUUUUUUUCAUUUACAUUGCAGUGCUAAGGGGGACAGACACUGGACCCAGACCACUUCAAUUAGAUGAAGUGGUCUGGGUGCCUAUAACGUCCCUUUAAGCUCGAGAUCUGUCUUGAAUUUUAGAAUCCAAUACUGUCAAGGUUUUUUAGCAAAGUGAGAUUUCAAAUUUAAGGGCAGAGUAGCUAAACUGAAUGGCUGACUUAGAGAAUUUCGAUUUUAUUAGAAGUUCGAUUUUUGAAAUUCACUUUAAAGUCUCACUUUAGUAAUAACUUGAAUUAAAUGGACACUACAGGAACCAAAAUAACUUCAUCUAAAUAAAGUUGGUAUGGUGCCAGGAGGCCCCCAGAGGUACUCUUACCCAGUGUUAAUUUUGUCGACUAACCAUUUUAGUCAAAUUUUUGGGAUUUAAUCAACUAAAACAAUCCAGAUGACUAAAAUACGGCUAAAACUGAAAUGGCUUUAAGUCAAAAGACUAUGCCUAAAACUAAAUUGAAAUCUGCCGCCAAAACUAACUGUGGUUAAACCGUUACAGUUAACCCAAAGUUGCUUCAGGCAUCAAUGUCCACCCCCCCCCGCAGCAGCAGCAGCAGCAUCAUCCGGUUUAUGAAAUUUAGUUUCCUGUGUCAGUGUGUUUCAGUUUGUGUAUCUACCAGUGUGUAUCUUUGUCAGUGUGUAGAUAGUUGCAAUAUGUUAAAUAGUUGUGUUCUGUCACUAUAAAAUGUAACUUCCUUGUUCAUGUUUGGAGGCUGUGGGAGGGGGGGGGAGAUAGCUCUUAAAGCCACUGCCAGGGAAAUAAAUUUUUUGUUAUGCAUGGUGGGAUGUCUGCCAGAUACUUCUCUUGUUAACUUAUUACUAAAAGUGUUUCAGGAGCGCUAGUCAAAGGUAUAAUGCAGAGGAAUGAUUCAUUAUUAGGAAAACCUAAUAUAAACAAAAUCUGUCUAGAUUUUACGUAAGUGAUCAGUAACUAUUAUCCAGACUUUUGAAAUGCUCCUCUCUAAGGAGGUAUAUUUUACAUGCACAGACCUUUGUGUAUAUACCAGGGGUAGGCAACCUUUGACACUCCAGAUGUUGGGGACUACACCCACAAUGCUAGCAAAGCAUCAUGGGAGGUGUAGUCCAAAACAUCUAGAGUGCCAAAGGUUGCCUAUGCCUGGUAUAUACAGCGAUAAGUGGAUGCUUAGGAAAAGCUCAGACGCAGGGCUGCAAUUGGCCAAAUAGAUACUGAAUCCUUCCCUAGUGUCUCUAUUCAGCUGCUACACACCUUUUAUUAGUGAACUUCAAAUGUUGGGACAUAAAAUCCCUUUAGUUUUUAUCUCUUGUGAAUUGUCAGCCUAGCGUGAAUGCUUCCCAGGCUGGCUGACUGCUUUGUGGCUUUCCAAUUUGGCCAGACAGUGCAGAGUGCAGCUGAAAUGCUCUUGGCAUGGUCCUAGUGCCCUCAGUGCAGUUGAAUCUAAUGAUGCACUCACCUGGUGCUGCAUGGCAUCUGUUACCUGAUACCCCUAGGUGUUGGACAUUUAGACAAAGUUGUUUUGGUCCCUUUAAUUCAUACCUAACAAACACUUGGUCAGAGACAGAUCAUUAUGUCAUAGAGGCAGUAGUUAGCAGGAACCUGUCCUGGCCAUAACCAAUUGGCUCUUUUAAAGUGCAUCAACUUAAAUCUAUACAUGUUGCCAGCAAAUCAAAUGUAUUGGGGAUUCACCGAAAUUUUCGUCCGAAAAUGGGCCUAUCCCAUUUCAGACGUAAACUGCUGAAAAAUCAGGCAUAGUGACUUGUCAGGUCGAAGGGAGAGAGACCGUAGAGACUGCAGCUCCGCCAGGUGUGAGCUGCAGACUGUGCUGUAAAAAUUAAACCACCGCAUGCCUAAAACCUUCAGUUCUCACCUGGUGGCUCCCAAGCCGCCUCCUGGAACCGCUACAAAUCACUGCCGCUCUCCUCCUGGGCGCCGCCAUCUUGCAGCCAGGUCUCGUGUCUGACAGGACCACGCACUGCCGCAGCGCUACCGUGUGCCUGGAAGUGACGUGUCAGCAGUGGGAAAGCCUGGGGCAAACAUGGUCACACCGCAAGCUGUAAGUUACAGCCCGGCGGCCGGACAGCUCAUAAAUUGUUGUUCUGCCCAGAUGGUUGAUGAAGUGCUUUGUCCUAGUACCAGUCCACUCCUGCAUUUCUAAAUAGAGUGCUGUCAGAUUUCAAAAUGACCAGAUCCUUGGGAGUUGGAACUUUUUUUAUAUAUAUAUAUUUUUUUUUUUCCUCUCUCGCAGGACAGUCUGAGCAAAUUCGCAACUGUUGGCACCUAUGUUUGCCACUUCCUGGGGGUUAUUAUUAAUCAGUAUUUCAAUUCCCAUCAGCUGGCCAGUGUGCUGCUCACCAUGUGUAUUCCAUCAGUGACAUAUGGUAUCUGUCAUGUAGUUGUACACAGAUUAACAGAAAUUAAAUAAAUUUAAUAGAAAACCAUAAUUGAAUGCAAUCUAAAGUGAAUUGGAUUCUAAAUGGCACAAAUAAUUGGAUAAAGGGAAAACUCUUUUAAAAGCAUUUGUGGGGAAAAGUCACUUCUAGCAAAAGUGCAUGCGCUAUGGAAACUCCCUAGCCAACGCUGUUACCGCUGGCUAGCAAUGCUAUUGGCGCUGGCUAGAGAGUAUAAGAUGCUGACAUUUUGGGAAUGAUGUUGUGGCAUGCCAGCGUCACGGAGGAAGUGUGUAGUAUUGAGUGUCCCCAAGCCAGGAAAGUCAACGAAGACUGGUAGGAGCAAGGGUGGUCCUCCCUCCACGUGACACAAAAUUAAAGUAACACCCACCUCCUCUAAGGACAAUCUGGGAAUGAUGGGCUAGGUAAAUAAUGGCAGGUUCUCUGUAAAUUCCUUUCACUGAUUCUAGCAGGUGAUGGAUGCCAAAAUGUUCCUACAAAUCACCAUGAUAGAUGAUCUAGGCAUCAUAAGAAUUUUAGUACAAACAUAACUGCAGGGAUAAUGUUUUGGCCAACUCUGUGUUUUUAUUGUCAGAAUAUUAUGUUUUGAGUAUUUUGGAUUAAUUUUUAAUUGUGAAAAUUCUAAACGGCAUAUUCUCACUUAGCCUAUGACAUCAGUACUAUGUCACAAUGUGUAUCGUUACAAAGACAGAACCAGUACCAUCACUGGAUAGGCAGAUACAUUUAUUUACAACAAUAUAUUGUUUAUUCAGAGGAGUCACACAAUCCUAUAUAAACACGUGCUCACUGUCAUUGGCUGAAGCCUACCUGGCACUGAAAGCUGUGGGAGUUGGCGCAUGCGGCACCGAGUUGCUUUAACUUGUAAAGGGAGACUGUAUGGUAGCCCAUGAAUGAGAAUUACUCCCAUAAUGGCAUACCAUUUUGCAAAAGCAGACAACCGAAGGUAUUGCAAAUGGGGUAUGUCCAGCCUUUUCUAGUGGCCACUUAGUCACAAAUUAGCAUUCAGAUUAGUGUUUUUAUUUAUUUUUAUUUAUUUUUUUUUAUUUUUUUUUAUUUUUUUUUAUUUCAUACAAACCUAGUCAAAUAACAGGUUUUGCUUUGAUCAGAACAUGUACAAUUGCCUGUGCCCUUAAGGGGUUAAAACGGCACACUAACAGCCACACCUAUAUUUUACUUUCAUAAAAGCUGCAUACUUAAAGCAGAAAGUAUGCAGAUAUACCUGAAAUUCAUCAAUAGGUAUCAAUCCACUCCACAUAAUGACACCUUUACACACUUUUUUUUUUUUUUCUGUAGUUGUAUAUCGUUACAUAUUUCUGCAAGGUAUACUGUUAUCUUAUUCUCUACUCAUGUUUGUAUAUUUUAUUAAUCGCCUUAUUACACUUAAUCCAUCCUAUGUUUUAGAAAGAUAAUGGGCUUUCCCCCUUGGAUGUAUUUUUUAAAUAUUUUCCGACUUUAAUUUACUAUGUCAUAUAUGCUGGCCACACAAGGUCUGCACCCUUUCAAUCAAUUCUCUUCUGUCUCGUUUCCACUGAGCAGUAUGGUUCGGGUCGGUACGGUUCAGAAGGGUUAGAAUGGUCCAGCCUACUCAGGUGAGGGUUUCCACUGCAAGUCGUACCAGCAGGGUUUAGACAAAUGCCUAGCAUGUCAUUUGUCAUGAGCAUUGACUUUUUCCUCUCUGCCAAUCAAUGGAUUGUAUAGUGUGAUGCCAGUUGCUCUGCCCUAACAGUACCAUUUCCUAUGGACCUACAUCUGAAGGGGGCCCAGAAAUGGUGGGGGUUUGGUUUGAUUUGUAUGAGCCACUUUCAUAAUGGAAAUACUCAAAAUAGUGUACCGCUCAGUGGAAAUUAGGCAUAAGACUAGUCACAAUUAAAGGAGCACUCUGAAGUCACAGCAAUUCAGGUGAAGUGCGCUAUGGGUGUAGUGUAUUCAUCUAAUCCCCAUUUAUAGAAGUGCCAAUUUCAUUGUGAAAUUAGCCUUUUUAUGAUUUUAAAAUAGAAACGCCCACCCAGCUGUCAAACAGUUGGGGAGAAUAACUUCCUGCUUUCGUUGGCUCCUGCCUUACAAUAUUGGCCCCCAAAACUGCCCGGGGGUGCAAUCGCCAGGUGACUGGCAGGAGGAGACGUACUCCACUCCUGCCGGUCAGUUCUGUGUAUCUCUGUAUGCCUGUCUAUGUAAGCCUGUACCUGAAUCUGUAUGCUUGUCUCUGCAUACCUGUUUAAGGCCAGCGUGUCUGUCACUGUGUGCCUACCUUGGUGUUUGUGCAGCGAUCAGUGCUUUCCUAUGGGGAAAAAUCCUAGGCUGGAUGUCCUCAUGCAGAGCGUGGGGAUGUCCAGCGUCAGACACUGGACCAAAGGUCUCUUACGAUGCAGGAAGCUGCUCCAGUGGCUUUGGUAGACAGCCACUAGAAACUGACUUAGUGCUGCAAUGUAAAACAUUGCAGCACUAAGUGCAAAAGUCACACUGCACCCAGACCACUUCAAUUAGCUGAAUUGGUAUGGGUGCCUAUAGACUGAAUCCCUUUAAGAAAUAUCUCCAAACCGUUUGUCUGACGAAGAUACUGAAGAUGUACUACUAUAUGAAGAUGUGACAUUUCAGAGUGCACAGGAGAGGAAAUGCUCUGUUAAACAGCUGACAAUUGUUCACGUUUAUUUUUUGCAGACUGACCCCAAGGUGGGUGAGUUAGCCCACAAGGGCCAAGAUCACAUAAUGUCCAUGGCAGAUUAUCAAUUUAGAUUAAGACUUUUUAUUUUUAUUUAUUUUUAUUCUUUUGCGGUUCUUGUUACUUUUGCUUUAACACUAGUUAUCUCUCUUUACAGGCAUCUGGUGUGAAAAUAAAUGAUAAGGUCGUCCAAGUCUUCAAUGAAAUGAAGGUGAGGAAAUCUUCCACUCCAGAGGAGAUCAAGAAGAGGAAGAAGGCAAUCCUGUUCUGCAUGAGCCCUGACAAUAAGGAAGUAAUUUUGGAGCAAGAUAAGCAGAUCUUGGUGGGAGACAUUGGUGACACAGUAGAAGAUCCUUACAAGACCUUUGUCAGUCUUCUACCACUUACCGACUGCCGAUACGCACUAUAUGAUGCUAGUUAUGAAACCAGAGAGACCAGGAAAGAGGACCUCGUCUUUAUUUUCUGGUAUAUUGUUUCAUAUAAUGUUGAGAAAUGCAAAUUGUUAAUGUGUUCAAUCAGGUUUACUAAACAUGCAUUUAAAGGGAUAUUAAGCACCAAAACAACUUUAGAAUAUUAUGGUGGUUUUGGUGUAUAGAUCAUGCUGAAUUGUCUUUUAGUUCAUUGUCCAGCUUUUUUUUUUUUUUUUUUUUUUUUUUUUUUUUUUUUUUUUUUUUUUUUUGCUUUCCUGAACCCAGUUCUCCCCUGUUCAUAAAAGGGGCCAUUACUCGGUUGUGACCCUUCCCCACCACCAAUUUUCAUAUUUGCUCUGGAUAGGAUCAUAAAAAAUAAUAUAUUCAGAAAUUUUAUUUAUUUUUUUUUUUUUAAAGAUUUUUGCCUAAAAUGUUCAAUUUACUUCUCCCUGGAUUCUGAUUUAGAGGAUAAACCUGAUAUAUUUCUAACUGGUGUGAAAGCAGGACCCACCAAGUACAUAUAAGAAACAUUCCGUGAUCUAAGGUGGCUUGUGGUGGCCUUAUUAAAAUUCAGCUGUAACAUUUUAAGGAUUAAAAAGCAUUUGAAACUGUUCAUUUUAAAAUACUGUUCAGUUUUAAACAUACUUUAUUCUUAAUAUAUGGAUAAGGGACAGCUUCCUAAAAUCUGUUAGUGGAGACUGCAAUUACUCUCUAUAGUGCUGUUGAUACCAAAAUCCUUUUAUAUGCUUUUCCUAACUUUGUCAUGGGAAUACAUUUUGAGGUGUCAAUAUGAGAUGUAUCCGUAUUUAACGAUUUCAUUGCUUUUAUUUUGUUGACCUAAUUAGAAUGCUUUACAGCUGUCAUAUGGUUAAAAAAAAAAAAAAAAAUAAACAAAUUUGAGACCUAAAGACCUUUACAUUACUUUGUCAUUGCUGUUUGGACAAAACUGGUCAAUUCUGACAUUGGACUUCAAAAAUUCAUUAUGAAAAUCUUUGGUUGGGUUUUUUCUUUUCUUCUCUGCUACAUUGGACAGACUACCAAACGGCAGUGCCGUAAAUCAAGGGUGCAAAAUCUUGUCCCUUCAUAUUCGCUCUAUCGAUGUUUGGUUUUUUUUGUUUAGUUUUUUUUUAUUAUGAAUGUUCUUUAAUUUGUGUUAAUUAAAUUAUACCUUAUGCUUAACACACAAAUGCAACUUUCAUUUACUUAUACAAUUUCAGUAAUUUGUUUUUUGUUCGACAAAAAUGCUGUCUUUUGUGGAACUGAUCAUGUUACUAAUUCUCUGUGCUAAUUCACAUUUGGUUUUUAGGGCUCCUGAUAAUGCAUCUCUGAAAAGCAAGAUGAUAUAUGCUGCCACCAAAGAUGCACUUAGGAAAAAAUUUCCUGGUAAGUAUAAUGUACCCCAAUUUUUUUUGGUUGUGACAUGGUUCAUAAUAGUCAUACCCUGUGGCUUGCACAGAAGCCGAUAUUUUUUUUAAAUUUUUUUUUCUUUUUUUGCCGCCAAAUGUUUCCAGCAAGUCAACAAGGGGCGGCAGGGAGCAUUGUGGGUCAGUGAUAGUCACCGAUCACUAGCAAAUGCUGUGACUCUGUAACGUCACCCAUCGGUAUGCCCCCUAAACCCCUGUAGCUUCUAAAUCGCUGUCACUAACGGGUCGAUGGCAAGAUUAAACAGCAAAGGCAAGAGCGGGCAACCCUGGCACUCCCCGUUCCCAGGGCAAAGUAUGGAGAGUCCAGGCCAUUUGUGGUAAUAUAGGUGGUGGGGUAAUGUAAAUUUUGAGUAAAAUGGACAAAUGUGUCCUAAGUAUCCAAACUUUAACACCCUAAUCAGGGGCGGCCAGGUUAUGCUAUCAAAAGCCUUCUCUGUCAAGGCUAAUAAGGGAUUGGGAGUAUGAGUCUAGUUCCCCACGUGUGGCAUAAGCCACGGCGGCAAGAGCUCUGCAGAACCCUGUCUCUCCCUGCACAAAGCCCAGUUGGUGAGAGGUGAGUUUCUGUGGCAGAAACUAUUGUAUUAUCAGAGCAAUAAUUUUGGUAAGGAGUUUGACAUCCUGAUUAAGUAAUGAUAUUGGGCGAUAGGAUGCUAAAUUCUCAGCAUCCCUGUUGGGUUUGGGUAUCAGAAUUAUUCUGGCUUGAUUUAAGUUAAUCGAUUGACAGGCCUUCUAAAUAUAUUGAACAAGUUUGAGUGGGACUAAGCUGUUUCAGGGAUUUUUUUUUUUUUUUUUUAGUACUCUGUGGUAAAGCUGUCAGGACCAGGUGCUUUCCAUGUCUUGCUAUGUGAAUUUCAGUCUCAAAGAUGGGUUCACUGAGAAGUUCCCUGGACUCCUCAGUCAGCUGGGGGAGGUCAAGGCUCUUGAGGAAAGCCAUGCUAGGUCUAUGGUCAAAGAAAACAAUAUGUGUACACAAACCAAAGUGCAAUUAGUGCUCAAUUAUAUAUAAGCAGAAAGAAACCUCCCUGUAUGGGUUAAAGCUUCCAAUAGUAUCCACAAAGACUUCCUCUUGUCUUCCACGAAAUAUAAGUGAAAAAUAAGGUAUGAUCUGACAUUCACUGGAGAUAGAAAGCCGUAAGCAUAAAUUCAUUCUUGGGAUUCAAUUCUUCCAUCUGUGAUUUAAAUACAGAUGGAAGAAUUGAAUCCUGAGAAGGAAUUUAUGCUUAAGACUUUCUAACUCCAGUGAAUGUCAGAUCAUCCCCUAUUUGCUUGUCUGUGGUCAUCCAGCUAUGCUCCAGUUAUUGUUAUGUAGUAAUCCUAGAAUAGUUUGGCCAUAUGGGAGGUAUUCCUAGUCCUGUCUGGGGAAGUGAUUGCUGUAAUAGGCUUGACUUUGGGUCGGCCCUUUGAGCCAUUGAUUUCCCAGACCUUCCACCGCACCAAAAGAAAUGUUUGGAAGUCUAGCUUUGAUUGUGCAUGGUUUGCUAUGAAUGUAUUUAGGGUGUGUUCGGCAUCUUGGUAUGACUUCCUGUGUGUUUGAAGGGUUGGUCAAGUAGUGGCUAUGGGCUCGUUUGAGCUCCUGUUCGAGUGAAGCCCCUCCACUGUUUCUUUUUUUGACUGCCGUGUAUGACCAUAUCUGUCCCCUCAUCACCGCCUUGGAUCUCUCCCACAGUAAUUUAGGGUCAUCCACAUGUUCCAGAUUAUCAUCUACAAAGUUAGCCCAACUAGUCUGUAAGUGGUACUGGAAAGAUGGUGUGUGUGUGUGUGUGGUGGUGGUUUUUUUUUUUUUUUUUGUAAGCUACGCUGGGAAACACCAAUGUGCAGUAAUGGGGUGUGGGGGCUGUGUGGAGAAAAGUAGCUUGACCGGUGCGUGAUCAGAUGGGGCUUGUCUCUAGUGGAGCAGUUGGCAUAUGGUAAAACUGUUGGGGUAACCAGGAACAUAUCAAUUCAAGAGGAGUUGUGAAUUAUAUAGUGGAAUGUGUAGUCUUUCAUUAUCAUGGAGUAUCCUCCAGGGGUCAUACAAAUUAAAGGAAGUUGUGAUCUGAAGGAGCCUGCAAUCACUGUCCUUGGGCGAGUCAAGGACAGCAUUAAAGUCUCCCCCAUUAUAAGCUGAUCAACCUCUAUCUGAGUGAGCAACGUGAGGCGCUUCGUUAAAAAAAGGGGGCGGUAGGGGUUUUGGGCAUCAACAUUGAUUAUGCAAGAACACGUGUUAUUGGGAACACAUAAAAUAGAACGUCCCUCAGGAUCAAUAUCACAGCUGUGGAUCACAUAUUGCAGGCUGGAGUGUAGGCGAAUCGCCACACCUCUAGCCUUAGUUGUAUUUGGCUGCUGUGCAGGAUUGAAUCCAUGGAGCCUUGGAGGGACCAGUGGGUUUCCUGGCAUAGGACAAUUUGAGACUGAUGUUUAAAAAGGUAUGUUAAGAUUAUUUUCCCUCUUGAUAGGUGUAUUUGCUCCCCUCACAUUCCAAGAGAGAAGUUUAAGGGUAGAGGCUGGAGUGUUUGUGGUAGACAUUCUAGCCAAUACCCUUUCAUGGGAAGCAGCAAAACAUAGCUAGGUGCAUGGGGUUGGGAUUCUGUUCAUCCCAGUACGAGCAAACAGAUAAAUACCAGGGUCAGAGUGUACAUUGAGUGCUGCAAAACUGGCUAAACAAGGGCCCUUGAGCCCAAACUAUGUACAACAGGGGCAUCAAAGUAUGGAUAACAAUGCAAUCACUUCACACCGCGGGCAGGUGUGGAGCUGGCAGAAGGCCCAGGAGAAGCUCUGUCCCAAUCUGGCAGGGCAUGUCGUAGAAAUUCAGAGGCUUCAGUCACUGAAGUUGUUUUCUAUCCCAACUUGGAGACGUAGUGUUGCAGGGUAGAGAAGAGCAAAGCAUAUGACAUUCUUGUGCGGUGCUGAACAGAUGGGCAUGAAUGCCUUGCGUCGUUGAGUAACCUGUGCAGAAUAAUCUUUGAAAAUCAGGAUUCUGUUACCUUAAUAUGUGGGGUCUAGGUUUUUGUAAGCUGUGAAUUUGUUUUCUAUCAUGGGAAUGAAAAAAAUUUAGCUAUGAAAGGUCUUGAUCAUGUUUUAUUGCCUGAGUUCUCUGGGCCCAGUCUGUGAGCACGUUUGAUGAGAAGAGUGUCAGAGGUGGUUGCAAAGUGUCAAAGCCAGGACUGGAGAGUGGGGAAUGAUAUUGCCAGACUUCACGGAUUCUGGGAAGCCAACAAAUCUGAGACUGUUCUGGUGGGUUCUUUUUUCUCUCUCUCUCUCUCUCCUUCUAGGUCCUCCAACUUGUUCUGUAGGGAAGUCAGAGUAUUAUACUGUUGCCUAAUCGUUGUUUGUAACUGGUGCACCUCAUCCUCCGUGGCACCCAGUCUUGUUUCCAGCAAGGAGAGUUGAGAAGAUGGACUGCAUGAUCUACUGAUUAUUUAAUGUCCUUAAAUUGAGAUUCAAUUAUUGGUUUAAGGAGGCUGGAAACCUCCCGAGUGGUUUCUGAGGCUUGUUGUAAAAUUUGGUUAGUAGUGGGGCUUAUCUGAUUGGGUUCCUCAUCUGUGUCCAAACGGUCAGUGAGCGAUCAGGAGUAGCGGCUGGUGUAGGAUCUUUGAGGUGUAUCUUUUUGGUUGGUCUUUGACAAAACUCCAAGAGACCGCAAGGAAAAGCUCAAUGAACUUAUCCAUGGUGGUGGAGUACUGAUAAGGAGGGAAAAAGCAAGAUAGUAGGAGAGAGGGACUUGACUUUAAGAGCAAAUGUGAUCUUUGGGAAGAUGACACUAGUGGGCAGAGACAGGGUGUCAAGCCUACCGUGUUGUGGUGGACAACUAUGGUGAUUAUGUGUUUAAUGAGGUAAGAAUGGCCUAAUGAGGAUAGGUAGGGAGCAUGGGGAAUUUGAGAGAAGCAAAGGGUGAAAGGAGGAGCGAGAACCACUAGGUGAAGUCUCUGAAAUUGCGGUGGGUAGGUGGACUGCUGCCAGUCAGGAUUGGAUAGAAACUUUAGACAUGUUGGAUAUUUCAAUGUAAGCCAUUAAACCAGUCUGUUAGGGCAAGAGUACGGUGCAGACAGAAUGAAAGCUCAGCAAGAACUGUCUCUGUAUAUAGACAGGUUGUCUGGCAAGCGUAGGGCUCUUAUCAAACGUGCCGCUACAGAGGGUUGGAAUCCAAGAGGGGAGCUUCAGUAGCUCUGCUACCAUAGGUAUAGGAAGCAGGUUUAGUAGGAGGGCAAGAGCAAUUGAGGCGUAAGCAGUGGCACAGGGUGAUGUGAGCAGAGAGACAGCCUAGUAGCAAGGUCACCAGUUUGGAGUGGCAGUAGUAAGGGGCGAUGGAAAGCAGGAGACCUGGGUAUAUAAAAUAAAGCAAGGUAAGCGCAGUGAGUCCCAUAGACAGUGCUAAUUUCUGUGUGACAACCUGGCCUCAGAAUUGAGGUAUAUGAGUAAGUGCCAUCUGGCUACAUUCAUGAGAUGUGAGUUCACAGGCAGCCUCAGCUUGUGAAUGUGUGGCUGUAUCCCAGCUAGCUGUGUGUGGUCUAGAGGCUGCACAGAGGGGAAAGUGCAAACAGGAGGUACAGCAUUAAGAGGUGAAGCGGUACCUGCUGCGGUAUCCACCGUGAGUGAUCUGGGUCUCCUGGCUUCGAGGAUCUGAGUAUCAGCCUCACCAGUCUCAGAGCUGCAGGGUCCUUAGCCGUUGCGGUCGGGCAAUGUGGCCUAUCCUAGAGGCCUUGACUUCCAGCCCUCGCUGUCAAAUGGUGGAGCAGUGCUCUCUGCUCCAAGGGAGUCAGGUCAAUCAGGGAGGAUAUGAGGAGGCAAGCCUAGUGCUUGGAGUAGCUCUACACAGCACCCCAGCGUCGGAUGGAGUCUGCUAUACCGAGAAGAGGUAAGUGAAGACGCAGCCAGCUAAAAUGGUGGCGGAAUUAGAAGUCUUGAUUAAAGGAACUUUUUAAGCACCAUAACCACUACAACAUACUGUAGUAGUCAUCAGGGCUGAUGGUGAGUGAACUCCAGCCUAUGGAGCUAGAGUUCACGUUUGCAAGAUCUGUAGCGUUGCCAUGAUAACCAUUUCAAUGCUCCAACCUUGUGAGGAACCCGGCAGCCAAAUGUAACUGCCUGUGGGCCGAUGAGGGAUAUCUUGGAGAUGGCACUCUGAUAAUGUACUGGCCGGAGAGACUUCUUGAUCUCCCUGGCCCAUCGCGAAGCACUGUAUGGGCCUGGUAGUCAUGCCAGGUGUCCACUUGCACCUCUUCCCACUGAGAGCUGAACCCGCCUCCACUACAGCCUACAGGAAAGCCAGAAGCUCUGAGCUAAGCCUGGCAAUGCAGGGCUUAGCUCAUUGGCCGAGAGUGAUCAGCCAACACUCAGCUAGCUCCCCACUGAAUGCCUUAGCUGAGGAGAGCAAGGAUGCUGAGGAGGCAGGAAGCCCCAGGUUCUAAACCAGUUUUACAACUUGCAAUGGUGAGGUGCCAGUGUUUAUGGUUCCUUUAAGUGUUUGUAUAACUGUGUAAUAACUACAUGAUACAGCCAUUAAUUAUGCUCACUAAUUGCGUAUUUUUAUUUUUUUUGUAGGUAUAAAACACGAAUGGCAGGUAAAUGGUUUGGAUGAUAUUAAAGACCGUUGUGCCCUGGCAGAGAAACUCGCGGGAGGUACAGUGGUCUCACUUGAAGGGAUUCCACUAUAAUCUCAUUACCACCUUGCAGUAAACGGCCGGUAAUCGGUUUCUAUUCGGACCACAGAGAAGAGUAUAGCUUCAUAUUGUUUUUUUACUCUACUAACUUUUGUCUUCUCAUGAUUUCAUUCCUUCCAAGCCUAAUUGUUUUUUUGAGAAAAAAAUUGAAAUGUUAAUACACCACAAAAAUAAAACAUUAAUUAAUAAAGUUAUAACAAAUAGAACACACAUUGCCUCCUGCCUUCAGCAAAUGUAUAUUCUAACAAAGAUCAAUGGAAUGAUGGACAAGAAUAAAAAGGGUUAAAUUUUCCAUUUCAAAGAACGAUUGAUUGAUCAAUCUAGAUUCUAUUUAAACUAGUUCAAGAAUUAAAAAAAAGUUUAAGUAGGAUAAACAAAUUCUAUAUGUAAAACCCUACAUAAAUAGGGUGAAUACUACUCUGAAAUGUAUUAAAAAUAUUUAUAUGCUUUUAUUUUAAAGGGAUACUAUAAGUGUCAGGAAUACAAAGCUGUAUUCCUGGCACUAUGGCUCCACCUCCCACCACCCCCAGUAAAGGGCUAAACCUUUAUUUAAUUUUUCCCAGCGUUGAUUGCUGGGCCAACGCUCUGCCCCUCAGUCCCACGACGAGUGGGCUCUAGUGUGCAUGUGUUGAACGUGCCACACGCACAUUAGACCUCCCCAUAGGAAAGCCUCAAAUCUAUGCUUUCCUAUGGAGACAAAUCUGAUGCUGGAAGUCCUCGUGCAGAGCCUGAGGAUGUCCAGUGUCAGAUGCCAGACCAAAGGUCUGUUUCAAUUCAGGAAGCCCUCUACCAGACAGCCACUGAGGGCAGAUUCAGAAAGCCCUCUAGUGGCUGUCUAGUAGACAGCCAUUAGAGGUUGACUUAGUGCUGCAUUGUAAACCUUGCAGCUCUCUAGAACUGCAAUGUUUUACAUUGCAGCACUAGGUACAAAAGGGACAUAGCACCCAGACCACUUCAAUGAGCUAAAGUGGUCUGGGUGCCUACAGUGUGUUCCUGUAGCUUUAUAUAAGCUCUAAUUCAGGUUUACAUCUAUGAUUACGAUAAUCUUACAACUUGGGACAAAGCACAUUUUCUUAGAAAAAGUCUUGCGAUGUGAAAUCUCAUAUGUUCCUUUAAAGCAGCAGUGGAGAACCUUCUAUCUGCCAAGGGCCAUUUUGAUACUUAAAACAUAAUUUGCAGGCCAUACAAAAUGAUCAACUUAAAAAUUAGCCUGUUGUAUUUGGUCAAACAUUAAAUUUACUCACUCCUAAUGUGAUGGCUGGAACUGCUUCUUUUUGGUGUGAUGUUAGCUGGCAUUGAUGUUUCUACUUGCAGUAAGAAUGCUCUAACGUGUCUUUUUGCGGGAGGAUCACAGCCUCCUUGUCAAGCUGGCUCCUUACUUCCCUCUCGCUUAACAAACUGCCCAGAGACUGGUGAGGGAGAUCUUUGAUCUCCCCACCUGCCCGAAUAUAUGGCAGACAGCAGGGCCGGCUCUCCACGGGCCGCUCCAAAUUAUUUUUACCAACCUUAUCCGACCUGUGGGCUGGAUGUUCCCUGCUUUAAAGUACUUUUUUUUUUUUUUUUUUUUUAAAUAUCACAAGGCUAAAGGCAAUCUAAUAUUAUUUUUAAUAUAUUACAAACAAAUGCAUACGAAAACAUUCUGCAAACUUUUUUUUUUUUUUUUUUAAUAUAAAGGAAUAAAUAUGUUCAAACUGGUUAGAAAUGUAACUUUCAAUAACCUUUUUGGUGCAGUGUCAACCAAAUAUUAUGGUAACUUAUAAUUAAUCAAUGCAUCGAUAUAUGCAUUCCCAUGAUCGGUUUCAGACCAAAGUUGUAGCUUGGCGUUUGUAAUAAACAAAAGAUUUUGAAGAAAAAAGCUUAUUACGUUCAUGGGUGUUUUUGGGUAGCAAAAAUGGCUUAGCAAAAAAAUACAAACAGGGUUAUUCACUAAACAUUGAAUUGCAUCCAAAUGGCAAGAUUAAACCUAAAGUUAAAUUGGAGAAACAACAUUAACAAACUAAUUUUACCUCAGAUUUUUGCCAUUCAGAUCAAAUUUUCAAAAAUGUAGUUAGUGUAAACCCUGCAUGCAGUGCUGUUUUUCACAAGGCAUUUGCCUUGGACAGACCUUUCCAGGUGGGCGGCAAACACUGCCACUAAACGCCUCAUCAGUUGCCAUUUUAGCCUAGUGUACUGGGGGGCCAUGUGUAUUGCAGGUGUGCAGAGGGAGCGCUAUCCUCUGUGCUGCUCUUGUUCUGCUCCCUAGUGCAAACAGCUGUGAUGCUGGGAGCCGAUGACAUCACUUCAGCAUCUCUAAGCGGUGCACGAAGGAGCUGAGCGAGAACAUUACAGCUCCCUCUCUGCCUCCAUUGCGUGCCUGCCCAGCUGCCCUAGGGAGGCUGGGUGGCCUUUAAAAAUUUGUGUGAGAAUUUUCUGUCAGUGUACCUAAUAAAGCUUAAAUAACAGCACCCUCAAAAUAAAUUUUUAAGGCUACUUAGUCCCUUACCUCUGCAAAACAAUAUGGGGAUUCGUGUCCACCAUAUGACGAUAUCGUGUUAAGCACACCACUUCUUCACAGUACCCCAAUAUUGGUGAGGCCUACACCAAUUCAAAUGUGGGAGACAGACUAAACAGUUAGUGGUAAUAAGCAAAAGUGUAUUAUAAUAACCUGUAAGAGCAUUGUGUGUGU